AUGCCGAACAACGUCUUCAAUAAUUCACGUAUGUCUUCCCACUCUGCAGCGCAAGCAACAAUCGACGAGCACACACUCGCGACAAUGUCCAUGUACGACCACUCCCAAGGCGCAAUCGCCUCUCCGACUCCACACACCUCUCCUUCCCCACCUACCAUUCCAUGCUUGGCAUCACCCUUGAUGGGUCCACACUGUGUGCGUUUACUUUCCCAAGUGCUGUCCAUGAAUCACAGAAACAGUGGCCCACCACUCACCCCUCUUGAGCCGAGUCCGUCCACACCUUCCACUUCACCCUCUCCCUUCGAGCCAGAACGUCCAAGAGAUAUACCUUUGCAGUCAUCUACAGCAACGACUCAGUUCACUACACCUCCCUUUUUGAGACGUAGUCAGAGCAUGCAACGCGCACGCACGGAUACGGCUUUGCCUGCAGCUCAAAUCAGCUCGUUCAACACUGCGGAUCUCAACCCCGGUGUGCCACUCUUCCUUGCUACACACCGUCGUGUUGUCCUCCCAACCUGUCUCACAAGCGUAAUUUCUGCAAUCUGUGCAACCUCACGACGCUCACCGUACGCACACGCAAUUCAACUUGCAGGGCCGAGCGACGACCCAAGUGUAGUGACGAAGACUACAUCGUUCGGCCCGCGAUGCAUUCCUCCUUUGUGUCGCGAAUGUCGUUUACGAAAGAACGAGGCGGUGGCUGUAGUUAUCGCGAAAGGCAAUCCUGUCGCACAACGUCAACGUCAAGCCGACCUAUCCAAGACAAUCUCAAAUCAAUCGCGUUUGCUUUCUGUGGAGGAAUGUAAAUACUGGGACGAUCUCGCAAAGCAGUGGAAGAAAGGCACGAGGAGGUGUGGUCUUGAGCAUAAGUAG